AUGGACAUUCCACUAUCGAGCGACGCGCUCGACCUGACGUUUCACCCGGCGCCGGACACUAACCUGCUCGCCGUCGGUCUCAUCUCUGGCAAGAUCCAGCUGAUCAACUACGACGAGUACAUCUCGCAGCCCUCGUCCUCUCGCACACCUGCCAGCAGUCCUCCGUCCAAGAAAGCCAAAGUCGCGGCCUCAGAAGCCUCAGAAACGCAGCCCAAGCUGUACAAGAAGAUCUGGGCGUCUCGGCCCUCGAAAAAGUCGUGUCGCGGGCUGGCAUUCUCGCACACGGGCGCAUCGAUCUACUCGAUCUCCAAGGACAAGGGCCUGUUUGCGACGGAUACGGAGACGGGUAAGGUAGUAGAGAGCUGGAUCGGGGUGCAUGAUGCGGCGCCAAGCCGGGUGUUGCCAAUCGACGACACGAUGGUGGUGACGGGCGACGACGAUGGCGUGGUGCGACUGUGGGAUCCGCGCAAGGGGGGCGGGGUGGGCGUCAAACCUGUCCGCACAUGGGACCACCAUUUCGACUGGAUCACCGACAUGGUUUAUCUCCCAGACCUGCCUGUGCCUAAACCAAAGACACCCGCCGAAGCCAAAAAGUCGAAAAGCAUGCUCAAGAAACAACGCAGGCGCGAGAGAGCGGCGGCGCUGCACAAACAGCAGCAGCGCGCCGAGAAUCCAGAGGGCUCGCAUGACGACCAGAGCGGUUCGGACUCGGAUUCAGAUUCGGACAAUGGAGCGGGGCAGAAGGCCGAGAGCCGCUCGCGACUCAUCGUGACCUCGGGUGACGGUAGCUUGAGCAGCAUCGACCUGCGCUCCUCGGGCCCGACAUCGUUCGAGCAGAGCGAAGACCAGGAGGACGAGCUGCUCUCGAUCACCGCCAUCCGCUCCUCGACCAAGCUCGUCGUCGGCACGCAGCUGGGCAUCCUCUCGCUCUGGACGCCCUCGCGAGGUUUGCUCGACCACGUCGACCGCGUGCCCGGCCACCCGGCUUCUGUCGAUACGCUCGUCACGCUGGAUUCCGAGACCGUGCUCACGGGCAGCUCGGACGGGCUGGUGCGCGUCGUCCAGAUCCUGCCGUCCAAGCUGCUCGGCGUGAUUGCGAGCCAUGACGGCUUACCCGUCGAGAGGAUGAAGAGCAAGGCGAGUGUGCUGGCGAGUAUCGGGCAUUCGAAUGCGGUCAAGCUGACCGAUCUAUCGCCGUUACUGGACGACGACGAGGAGGAGGACGACGACGACGACGAGACAGCGGGCAGUGCGUUGGGCAUCGUAGGUCUCAGCGGCGCGGAUAAUAGCGACGACGAGGACGACGAAGACGACGACGAGGAUGAUGAGGAAGACAUGGCGGAACAGAACAAUGUCGCCGACCUCAACGACGACGAUGACGAUGACGAUGACGACGACGACGACGGUGCAGCCUCGCCACAGCCUGACAACGACUCUGACGACUCAGACUCCGACGCUCCCCCACCCACCAAGCCAAACAACCCAGGCAAAGGCAGCUUCUUCUCCGACCUCUAG